CAAAAUAACACUUUUUCAGUGAAAAGGGAUCAUUUUUACUAUGGAAUUGCCAAAAGUCGAUCUAUUCACUCACGACAAUAAUCAGUUAUUGACCACACUUAAGGAAAAACAAUCCUCCUUUGAUGGUCUAAUUGUUGUCUAUACCAACAAGGACGAUCUUUGCAACCUUAUUCCUGCUGCCAAAACUUAUUUUGAAUUAGACGCUUCCUUCGGUGAUGCUUUGCAAGUUCUCUUUAGUGAAACUAAACAACCUCACGCACGUAUGCUGCUUGCACCUACUGGCUCCCUCUACAAUGACUUUGAUGACGCUCGUCGUUUCAAGGAUAUCGCAUUUGCUGCUGGUAAGAAGGCUUUAAAAAUGGGUAUGAAAUCUCCUCUUGUCUGUUUCGCCGACGAACCCUGUCAGGAGACAAACUCUCAGUGGACGCAUGAUGAAAACCUCAAGGAAUACCAGCACUUUUUGGAAGUUACCAUGCUAGGCUUAUUAGAGUCAUGUUUUGAGCCUAUUGAUGUUCGACAAUUCAUGAAGAAUGUAGAGACUUUUGAACGCCUCGGUUUUGUUGCCUCGUCAAAGAAUGCCAAUAGCUGUUCUAUCGAAAGAGUGGCAGCUAUCGAAGCUGGUCGUCGUAUCUCCAAAGAUAUUGGUAAUCCUGAUCCUGAGAAAAUGUCCCCUAUCAACAUUGCCAAAUACAUUGAAGAGCAAUUUAAAGACAUAGAUAAUGUGAAGGUCACUAUCAUUAGUAAUAUUGAGGAAAUUAAGAAGAAUUAUCCUUUGGCUCAUGCUGUUACACGCGCUUCUUUGGCUGUUGAACGUCAUCAUCCCAGAUUUGUCCAUUUUGAAUACAAGUCCCCUGAUCAAGCCAAAGUAAAGGAAAAUUUGUACUUUGUUGGUAAGGGUGUCACUUAUGAUACUGGUGGAGCCGAUAUUAAAUGCAGUGGUCACAUGAGAGACAUGUCUCGUGACAAAUGUGGUGCUGCUGCUGUCGCUGGUUUCUUUAAGACUAUAUCGAUGUUAUCACCCGAAAAGGUCAAUGUUACUGGCGCCAUCGCUCUUGUGCGUAAUUCUGUUGGCCCCGAUAUGUAUGUCAGUGAUGAAGUUAUUGUGGCCCGUAGCGGUAAACGUGUUCUUGUUGGUAACACUGAUGCUGAGGGACGCAUGGUCAUGACAGAUUUACUUUGUGAAUUCAAGGAAAGAGCUUUGGCCGACGGUAACGGAAAGCCCUCUUUCUUGUUCACAUGUGCUACUUUAACUGGUCAUGCUAUUAGAGCUUAUAGCGGUUAUGGCAUCACCUUGGACAAUGGUGUUGCUCGUCAGCAUAAAAUCAGUAAGCGUGUUUAUGAUGCUGGUCAUAUCUUUGCUGAUCCUUUUGAAAUUUCGACGUUGCGCCGUGAAGAUUUGACUUGUGUCCAUGCCGGCAGUUCUAAUGAAGAUUUGGUUUCUGCUAAUGAUAAGCCCUCUACUAUGACAGAUCGUGGUCAUCAAUAUCCUGCUGGUUUCAUGUUGCAAGCUGCUGGUUUAGAAAAAUAUGGCGUGGAUUCUAAGGAAGUGUCCAUCGGUUAUACUCACCUUGAUAUUGCUGGUUCAGCUGAGACUAUUGGCUCUGAGGGCUGGAGUUUACCUCGUGUUACUGGCUCACCUGUGGCUGCCCUUACUGGAGCUUUCCUUUGUUAAAAGUUCACUUAUCAUACAACUUAUCUGUAUAUAUCAAUUGCAAAUAUUAAUUGUAAGUCUUCGAUAGACAAACAUACAAUCCAAAAUUAUAAAAACAUAUUUCACGUAGAACUCUCCAGCAUUGACCUCAUCAAAGUUUGAAUAAAAAGUUUCAAAAAAAA